UUUUGAAGUUGCCUGCUAGCUGACUAGCUGAGGUACACGGUUCGAAUCUACGUCGUUUUGGUCGUUUUUUAAAAGAUCCAACUUCAUAAAACGCAGUCCGGCAAUCACAAACAAUCUCCCGGUCCAGAGCUAGACGCCUCGACACGCGACGGCCUCUGCCCUCCACGAGACCACGACUUCCGAGUUCCGACCCGCCUGACCAUCUCCACGCCGCGGUGCCGCCACACGACCACCGGACCACGCCUGCACCCUUCGCAGUUCGCCCAGUUCGGCUAGUCCGAGACGCAGCGGCAGCUGCCCACCCGCCCAGCCCAGAUAUUUAUUUGAAACGGAUCAUGACCAAUGGAAUGGAUUCUUCAAGCCUUCCACCGCUUCCAGAAGAACCCUCUGAGGGAAUCCAACAUCAUGAUGCUACCGCAGACGACAAAGUCCCAUCCGCUUUCUCUUCCGUUCCAUCUCGUCCUCCCACUCAAUCUUCUUCACAAAAAUUUGAACUUUUAGAUUGGUCUGACUACUUUGACAGGGAAGAGGACAUACAAAUCUCAGACUCCAAUGAUGUCUUUCAUGUUUACUUGGCAGGGACUGAAGGGCCAGUUGUUUUCUGCUUACAUGGCGGCGGCUAUUCUGGACUAUCGUUUGCAUUAGCUGCAAGAAAGAUUAAGGAGAAAUCUAAGGUAGUAGCCAUGGACUUGAGGGGACAUGGGAAGUCAUCCACAGAGAAUGAAGUUGAUUUAUCUAUUGAGACAUUAUGUCGUGACGUGGUGGCUGUUUGUAAGAUGAUGUAUGGAGAUUCUCCACCUGCAAUUGUGCUGGUUGGCCACAGUAUGGGAGGUGCCAUUGCUGUUCAUGUUGCUGCAAAAAAAGCUCUAUCUACUUUGGCUGGGCUAAUUGUUGUGGAUGUUGUUGAGGGGACAGCAAUGGCCUCGUUGAUUCAUAUGCAGAAGAUCUUAUCAAACAGAAUGCAGCAUUUCUCAACCCUUGAAAAAGCGAUUGAAUGGAGCGUGAAAGGUGGCACCCUACGAAAUGUCGACUCUGCUCGCAUAUCAGUUCCUAGCACAUUGAUAUAUGAUGACUCAAAGAAAUGUUACACAUAUCGAGCAAGACUAGAAGAAACUGAACAAUAUUGGAGGGGCUGGUAUGAAGGUCUCUCUGAAGUUUUUUUGUCAAGUCCUGUACCUAAACUCUUGCUUUUAGCUGGGACAGACAGAUUGGACAGAUCUCUUACAAUAGGUCAAAUGCAAGGGAAGUUUCAAAUGGUGGUUGUCCGACAUACAGGCCAUGCUAUACAGGAAGAUGCACCUGACGAAUUUGCUGACUUGAUACUUAAUUUUAUUUCUCGCAAUCGAAUAGGCCAGCAGGGAGUUGAG